GAAAAGAUCAUUUCAAUGCAGAUGUUUCCGGAACCAAUUUCACGAAGACGGUUACGAACAACACAGGUCAGUCGGGCUCCUUUUAUACCACCUCGUCUCUCGGCAAUAGUAACGCGGUCUGCCCUAAAUCCAAUGACAAAGUAAUGGAUAAAAAUCAAAAGUGCUCGAUUGGUGAUGACUCAGAUGCUGCUACUUCGAACGCGUACUCCUCUCCAAUGCCAGAGUUGCGAGAUUGUAAGCAAUUACCCUUGCGAAAAAAUUACCACGCAACUGGUCUUCAAAGUUCUGGUAUAAAGCCGACUUUGAGGCGUUAUCAUCCCGUGGGAGGAUUCAAUGUGCCUACAGUUUCUGCACCUCGAGAUAUAAUUUCAAACAAUUUUAUGGUAUAUCAUCCAACUGACGGCUUCUAUGAUUUCGUAGAAGAAGAAGAAAUCGAAGAAAUUUACACAGAGACGUAUGCAUAUGAUAUCAAUGCAAAUUUUGUUAAUGAGCGCAUUCCGAAUCCCUGUGAGCGAAAUCUAAAUCCAAGUCUCUCAGCCCGUUUAGGGGAAACUUGCACACCCCAGGAAAAUUACUUGCAGUCGCAUUCAUCUUUUGCUGAUUUACCUGAAGCCACGAGCGAUGUCAACGACGAGUUAUUGAUGGAAACUUCUGAUCGAAUCGUUUCUCUUCCCUCUACCAUAGUUCUAUCAACUCCUCCCACAUAUCAAUCGUCGUCAAAUGCGAUAAUGUUCAAUCGUCUGAACCGCGCCGGCUAUUCCCCAAUAGGUUCUCGUGUCGGUGACACUGGACCAUCUUCGAAUACGUGGAUUGAUGCAUCUCUUGCACCACAUAUCGCGUUAGUAAAUGACGACUGUGCGUCAUUUGCCCCCAUGGAAACUUGCCUGUCUUGUCAAGAUUUCGAUACCCAAGAAAUUCAUGAUGGCACGCGCAACACCUGGAAUUCAAUUUCGCAUCGCCCAGAGAGUCGGAGGUUUAGUUUGUCUCGCCUUGCCCCGACCGUUCCUAUGAUAAAUAGUAGAAUUCCAAUCAUAACAUAUCCUUCGCGCCAGAAUGCUGUAGAAAGGCGGUCUUCUUUGGUCUAUCCAAUGUUUGAUAACACGGAUUGUCUACCCACGGAAACAUCUGAAGAAGAUUCCGGUUACCUGACAAACGGGCCAAAUAUAAAUACGUUGCAAGUUGAUCGCGCAUUCGGUGGGAAUAUCAACCGUCAUGGCUCGCUCAUUGCUGCUGAUGUAAAAGAUAAAAUACACGUCAAACCCCGUCCAUCAUUAGCCAGCAUCGCACGGGACUGUGCGGGAAGAAAGGUGCAUUCCCCGUGUCCCGCUUCAUCAGUAACUCAGCAUGCAUUGACCAAUGAAGCUGAAACUCCGGAUAUCGGAUCCAAUGCUUUUGAAACUGACGCAGUGGACGACUUAGAUGGCAGUGGCAGAGAAACUUCUGAAUCCGGAUGCGAUGAUCAGAUGGAGCCGGGCUUCUACCUUGACAAGCACCCAAUUUGUGAGCGAGAUCACGGUUCGGAGCGACUUGCGGUAUCAUCUCUUGCUUCUUCAGCAAAAUUUACCCGGCCUCGGUUGCUUCCUACGCUCUCACCUGAUGUAACUUUUUGGAAGUGCGUGCGUGAAGGAAGACUUGAAGACAUUGGCAAAAAACUGUCUCGUAUUGCUGCUCAAUAUGACGUGAAAUUAGAACAAAAUAAGCAAGCAGGCAGAAGCUCUUCGGAAGACCUGUUCGAUAUCAGCGUCGAGAUUAAGUGUAUGAGACAACUUCUCCAGAGUUUGGCGUCAGAUGAACAUGUUCAAAAAAUCGACAGCAAUUUGGAAGUUAUUGUAUCAUCUGUAAGAGACUGGUCUGUGAAGGGAUGCGAAACGCGUGCAGUGACUAGUGGAGAAGCGUGGUGUGUGUGCUCUCUCGCCAACAGCAUUCUGGAGCGCCUUGGAGUACGGUUUCAUACUGAAGACCUCGAUCAAAUUCCAAAAGGAAGCAAUCUAAAUGCAUCAUCUACUGAGACUGAAACUAACGAUUUGGUCAUCAAUGAAAAGCGCUCAAGUUUAUGCAAUGUCGCUAAUGGGAAGGUGUCCUUGGCCACUGUACCUGUAGAGGGCUUCAACACACCGUGUUCAACUACCGCGCGUCCCACGCUUACCGCUACUCAAACUUUUUCGUCGGCUGCGGCUCCAAAUUCUUUGUCUUCCGAACAGCGCUCUUCGGUUGCUCUAAUUUCAAUUCUCAUAAGCCGGCGUCUGCCCUUCUUUAAGUACCAGCCUCUGCCGGGCGCGCUCCCCUCGCCCCCACUGAGCGAGCAGCAGAUCGUGCUUGCGGUCGUGCCCCUCCUGCUGACCUCGGGGCAACUCGCCCUCGUCGUUACCAUCCUCACUGGAGUGACUUGGUAUGGGGGUAGUCAUGACGUCGAAACCAAGCUGCGCGUAUUUCACGAGACAACGUCACGACUACUCCACAACCCGUCUCCUGACGAUACAUACUUGAAUGAAAAUAUGACGUCGAGCCUCCAUCCGGACAAACUAGGCUCCUCUACAAGCUCUUAUCCGCAAAAUUGUUCGGGAAUUACUUUUUCUUCAAGUAACUCUCAAGCUCCAGUCAUGAGCUCCAGUUCGUUGCCGUCAGCAUCGUUCGUACGCAAGUUGCUGCAUCGCUGCCGUGGUGAGAUGCUGGUGUGCCGUCUCUUGCAAGCCCUCGUCAGGUCCUACCGACACGACUCGUUGGUUCUUGGCCACGCCAGAUAUAAUAGAGCAGUUGAUUUGAGUCAUCUUCUAGACGACGCUUGCGAGAGAGUGCUACUCAGCAGUAAUAGAUUGCGAAGGCUGCACGACUCUAACACAGGCCUGCUACACGAUGAGGUAGAGCAGCUCGACCAACACGUACAGCGGCUGCGUCUCACCCUCAGGAAGCUCCUACUCACGUUGGGAACUUCGGGUCUCACCGUCUCGUCCCGGCAGCGAGAAUUAAUUGAGGCAACUGAAGACGCUGAACUAUAUUCAUGUGAGGUGACGACGGUCUUAGAGGACCUCAUGUUGAUAUCGCCGCCGCACCAAAAGAAGACGCCUACCUGGCCAUUGCCGUCUGAUUCUCGACGCAUGCGCCCCAAGCCUAUCUGCCGGAGCCUGAUGACCGCUACUAUCCCUUGACGUCUGUCUGAAUAAUGCCCAGCUACCCCUGUCUCGUGACCACUUUUUCUCACUUUGAUAGCAGUUACUUGUUUUUUUUUUUUACUUCUAUGCACCGUUUCGGCUAAUGGAAAUACAUUAGCCGCUAAUGGAAAUGUAUAGAUACGCUGUAUCUACUUCAAGUUCUUCGUUACCAUUCCUGUAUUAAUUCUUUCAAGUUUUUGGAUUCUCACUUUGAUAGCCGUUACUUGUUUCUUACUGCUAUGCACCGUUUCAGCUAUUGGAAAUAUUCACUUCUUCGUUACCAUUCCCGUAUCAAUUCUUUCAAAUUUUUGGAUUUAGAUAAUAUCAUUGCGUAGCUUAAGGUUUUUUUCCUUAGGCAAUAAGUGCCACAUUAAUUGGAUGCAUUCAAGUUCAGGCUCUUGAAUCAAUCGAUCGUGUAGUUCAUAAUUAGUAGACUGUAUUGAUAGAAGGUAUGAACAUCACACCUUAUCAUCUUCGCUUGGAAUUACGUUGUGCGUUAACAAGUAUAAGCGCGUGUGGUUGUCAGCCAGUUUCAAAUUAGUGUCGAAUUUUUCAGUUGCUUCUAAUGACAGAGGAAAAACGUUGUCAACCAGCUGGUUGACAAAGUUGAUGGAAAAUUAACUCAUUAACUUCAGUCAAAUCUGUAGACACGGCACUCUUAGUCCGUAAUCAAGUGAAUGACCGUUGGAGUAUUGGUCGUCAGAAAAAAAUAUGGUUCAAAUGACAAAUAUUUUUUGUAAAAUGAUCUGACACCAACCACCAUUAUACAUUGACCUAUUCACUUUUUUUUACCUUUUGAUCAUCGCCGAAAUGUACCUAUACUUCAUAAGAUUAAACCAACAAAGGCCGUAGACAACAGUGUUUUUUCUGUCUUCAUGAAUCGUUGCAAUGUUAUUACCGCGUGUGUCGCAUAUUACGGAAACUCGUGGAUAUUUUUGUCUUUUCAUCAUGUUUUUCAUAAAACAUAUUGGAGUAUCUAUGUUAAA